AACGGAGAAACGACCACUUGUAUGCAGUUAGUAACAACAGACGGAACUACAUGGGAGGAUGCAAGAAAACACUGUCAACAACAUGAAGGUGGUGACUUAGUUAGCAUAACAUCAAAGGCAAAAUGGGAUUUCAUCAUGAAAAACUUUAGAAACGUUGGACGUGUUGGGAUAGGGUUAAAGGAUAAAAAAUGGAUGACUGGCGAAAGUUUUGAAAACAUUUUUGGGAUUACUUUUCAACUGAAUGAUUACGAUGGUGCUUAUCCUUCAGAAGUCGACAAUACAUGUGGUGUACUAGUGCCGUUGUCAAAAAACAAACUCCAAGAUGAAAACUGUAAUCUUCGUCCAAUGCAAAAGUUUCUCUGUGAGAUCGAUAUAUAAUAGAAUAAGACCUGAUGUCCAUUGAUCUAAUAGAAAGUUGGUUAUUAUUGACUUUAACAAUCCAAACAGAUUCUGUAUUUGAAAUUUAUAUGAUGUUGCCCGUGCUAUAAUUUGACUUUUUUGGGAAAACCAAUUUCACACAAAUUAAAUACAAAGACACCAACGUGAAACGUGUUCGCAACUUCUUAAGACUUUUUGUCAGGAGCAUCAUAGACGGAGAGAUGAAAUUUCAUACUAUAAAACCAACCAUACUAUACUGAUAUAUGGAUGUGACAUUUAUUGUAGGGUUGAUUUUUUUUACAAACAAUGAAACAUUUCGUAAUCACUCUGUUCGCAA